UGCGGCUGCAGCGGAGCAGCAGACACACACACACACAUACACUCACAGAGGGAGAGAGCCGAGGAAGACUGAGGAAGAGCUGCUAGCAGAGUGUGUGCAGGUGUGUGUGCAGCAGAUGGGCAGCCAGCAGUCAGCGGGGGCCCCCGGGGGCCCUGAGGGGGCGGCGGCGGCGGUGCACGUGGUGGUGGUGGGCGGGGGCUUCGGCGGCAUCGCGGCGGCUCGGCAGCUGCAGUCUCAGCGGAUCAGCUUCACCCUGAUCGACCUGCGAGACGCCUUCCACCACAACGUGGCGGCGCUGCGGGCGUCCGUCCAGAGCGGCUUCGCCAACAAAACCUUCAUCCCGUACGCCGAGACGUUCGGGGAGAGUUUCGUUCAGGGCCGAGUGGAGCGAGUCGACACCGACACACAGACGGUCACCCUGCAGGGGGGCAAGGAAAUCCGUUACUCCCACCUCAUCCUGUGCACCGGGACCGACGGCCCGUUUCCCGGGAAGCUAAACGCUGUGGUGUCCCGCCAGGCGGCUGUGCAGCGAUACGAAGACUUCGUCAAGGAGAUCCAGGCGGCGGACUCGGUGCUGGUGGUGGGUGGAGGCUCGACUGGCGUGGAGAUGGCGGCUGAGAUCAAGACAGAAUAUCCAGAGAAGAAGGUGGUCCUGGUCCACUCGCGGAUCGGCCUGGCCGACCCGGAGCUGCUGGCCAGCGUGCGGCAGCAGGCCAAGCAGGUGCUGCUGGACAAGGGGGUGGAGCUCCUCCUGGGUCAGAAGCUGCUGAACCUGGCGGAGCUGCAGGUGAACGUGACGAGGAGGAACAUGCAGGUGAGGACAGACAAAGGAACGCAGCUGAAGACCGACCUGAUCAUCGUCUGCACCGGCCUCAAGGUCAACGCCGCCGCCUACGCCGCCAGCCUGCCGGGCGGCUGCGUGGCCGACAGCGGAGCCCUGAAGGUGAACGAGCACCUGCAGGUGGACGGGUUCUCCAACGUCUUCGCCGUCGGCGACUGCGCCGACAUCAACGAGCCCAAGAUGGCGUACCACGCCGGGCUGCACGCCGCCGUCGCCGUUAGCAACAUCACCAACAGCCUGAGUGGGAAGCCGCUGACGUCAUACCGCACAGGUAACGUGACGAUGCUGCUGGCGAUGGGCCGUGACGACGGCGUGGGUCAGUACGUCAGCGUGCGGCUGCCACGCCCCCUGGUGGCUCAGCUGAAGAGCCGCGACCUGCUGCUGUGGAAGAGCUGGAGGGAGAUGAAACAGAAAUCCCCCUGAACACAAAUCAUCAUCAUCAUCAUCAUCAUCAUCAUCAUCAUCAUCAUCAUCAUCGAGCGUUCUAUUUUCCAAAUCAUCCAGCAGAGCGACAGGAAACAGAUUAUGUCAGAUUAUGAAACCCAGCUCAGUGUCCAGGCCUGUGGCAGACGGGACGUCCUGGUUGUGUGAACAGAGCUCUGGUUACUGUGCCGGGAGGCAGGGAGGUGGGCGGGGCCUAUUUGCAUAUUCAUAGAUCUAUGCAUUUUUAAUGAGGGCAAGAUUUCGAGUCACAUUUAAAGCACUGAGGGAUGUUUUUGACUGAAAAAACUUCUAAACAUGUAAUUCUGAUUCAGAGAUUAUUUAACUGAGUAAACGACUGGAGGGGAACUUUAAACAUGAAAACCUCAUUUCCCAUGAUUCCCUCUGUCUGUCUGCUCAGCUGACUGUAAAUAAAAACAAAUGCAUUCUCCUGAACCAAAUGCAUGAAUGUAUUAACAAAACUGUUACAUCUAUAAUAUACGACCGCACGAUGUUCACUUUACAGUUUCUAUCCUUCAGAGUCCGUCGUCUCUGAGGAUAAAGGUGCAGUACGUAAAAACAAACAGGUGAUUUUGCCGUGUAGGAACCCUUUUAUUUGUUUCACGAGCAUUUAAACACAAGAAACCUGAUGCAGCAGCACCGAGCCCCUCAGGCUCAUGGGUUUUUUACCUGUUCCAGGUUUUUUUUUUUUUUUUUUUUUUUGCUAAUUUCAGCUUUUUCCCUGCAAAAAUGACAAAACUAGAUUCAUAAUUAUUAAAAUGAAAUAUUCAAAGACCCCUAGUGCUGCAUUAGAUUUCUUGUCUAUAAAUUUACAUAAUUCCUCAUUUUGCUGAGGACCGCCUGGAAGUCCCUCUGAGGAUCCCAGGACCCCACUUUGAACACCAGUGCUUGAAUCAACCCUCUAAUUUUACGUAGUGCACCUUUAAAAGCUGAGCUGCAACAUGAGCUCUUUACAUUUUUAUAGACAUUAUUUAAAACUGUAAGAACACACACAGUUUAUAUACCCACAGAAUUAUUUUUAUUAUUUUUUAUCAGCUCCUGUUAUAUCAGCAGCUGCUCUUCCUUCUAAAAUAAUAUUUCAAUAACAAGACGCAUUAACACACAUCCAUAUUACAGCUCAGCUCAGCACAGGGUGAGUUAUUGUUUAAGUUUUUUGGAGCCGAGUUUGAAAAGCUGUUUACUAAAUGUGCCUUCUGCCUUCUGUUG